AUGCCUGCCGAGUGGAGCAGAAGCGAGUGUUCUUGGAGAGGUCAUGAACUUGGGCCACCUGGGCUCACUGGCAACUUGUUGUGCGCAGUUCUCAAUGGAGCCCUGGACCCACGGGGCUCCGGGCCCGCCCUUUUUUUUUUCCUCUUUGCUUUUUCUCUCUUUUUCCAGUGUGUGAACUUGAAGCGGAAAGCAGACAGGCGCUUCGCAUACUUCGGCGCCAGCUGCCUCCCCUUCACACUUAAAAGUGGGAGCAAAGGACCCGCUUUGCUGACACUGAGAAGCAGGCCAGACACCCAGGAGCAGAUGAGCAAUGACCCAGCAGAAGGCAGCCUGGACUCUUGUGAUGCAACAGGUUUGACAGAUGAAAAAGUGAAGGCAUAUCUUUCUCUUCACCCCCAGGUAUUAGAUGAAUUUGUAUCUGAAAGUGUUAGUGCAGAGACUGUAGAAAAAUGGCUGAAGAGGAAAAACAACAAACCAGAAGAUGAAUCAUCUCCUAAGGAAGUCAGCAGGUAUCAAGAUACAAAUAUGCAGGGAGUUGUAUACGAACUAAACAGCUAUAUAGAACAACGGUUGGAUACAGGAGGAGACAACCAACUACUCCUCUAUGAAUUGAGUAGCAUCAUUAAAAUUGCCACGAAAGCUGAUGGAUUUGCACUGUAUUUCCUUGGAGAGUGUAAUAAUAGCCUUUGUGUGUUUACCCCACCUGGAAUCAAGGAAGGAAAACCCAGGCUCAUCCCUGCUGGGCCCAUCGCCCAGGGCACCACCACCUCUGCCUAUGUGGCCAAGUCCAGAAAAACGUUGCUAGUAGAAGACAUCCUUGGGGAUGAACGAUUUCCAAGAGGUACCGGACUGGAAUCAGGGACGCGUAUCCAGUCUGUUCUGUGUUUGCCAAUUGUCACGGCGAUCGGGGAUUUGAUCGGCAUCCUUGAGCUGUACCGGCACUGGGGCAAGGAAGCCUUCUGUCUGAGUCAUCAGGAGGUUGCAACAGCAAAUCUUGCCUGGGCUUCAGUAGCCAUACAUCAGGUUCAGGUAUGCAGAGGUCUUGCCAAACAGACUGAAUUGAAUGACUUUCUACUCGACGUAUCAAAAACGUAUUUUGAUAACAUAGUUGCAAUAGAUUCUCUACUUGAACACAUAAUGAUAUAUGCAAAAAACCUGGUGAAUGCCGAUCGUUGUGCGCUUUUCCAGGUAGACCAUAAGAGCAAGGAGUUAUAUUCGGACCUUUUUGAUAUCGGAGAGGAAAAGGAAGGAAAACCUGUCUUCAAGAAGACCAAAGAAAUAAGAUUUUCAAUUGAGAAAGGAAUUGCUGGUCAAGUAGCAAGAACAGGGGAAGUCUUGAACAUUCCAGAUGCCUAUGCUGACCCACGCUUUAACAGAGAGGUGGACCUGUACACAGGCUACACGACCCGGAACAUCCUGUGCAUGCCCAUCGUGAGUCGGGGCAGCGUGAUAGGCGUGGUGCAGAUGGUGAACAAAAUCAGCGGUAGUGCCUUCUCUAAGACGGACGAAAACAACUUCAAAAUGUUUGCUGUCUUUUGUGCUUUAGCCUUACACUGUGCCAAUAUGUAUCAUAGAAUUCGUCAUUCGGAGUGCAUUUACCGGGUCACCAUGGAGAAGCUGUCCUAUCAUAGCAUUUGUACUUCAGAGGAAUGGCAAGGCCUCAUGCAUUUCAACCUUCCCGCCCGUCUUUGCAAAGAAAUUGAACUGUUCCACUUUGACAUCGGUCCCUUUGAAAACAUGUGGCCUGGAAUUUUUGUCUACAUGGUCCACCAGUCCUGUGGGACAGCCUGCUUUGAGCUUGAAAAGUUGUGUCGUUUUAUCAUGUCUGUGAAGAAAAACUAUCGUCGGGUCCCUUACCACAACUGGAAGCACGCAGUCACGGUGGCACACUGCAUGUACGCCAUACUCCAGAACAACCACGGGCUCUUCACCGAACUCGAGCGCAAGGGACUGCUAAUUGCGUGUCUGUGCCACGACCUGGACCACAGGGGCUUCAGUAACAGCUACCUGCAGAAAUUCGACCACCCCCUCGCGGCACUAUACUCCACGUCGACCAUGGAACAGCAUCACUUCUCCCAGACCGUUUCCAUCCUUCAGUUGGAGGGGCACAAUAUCUUCUCCACCCUGAGCUCCAGCGAAUAUGAACAGGUGCUUGAGAUCAUCCGCAAAGCCAUCAUUGCCACAGACCUUGCGUUAUACUUUGGAAACAGGAAACAGUUGGAAGAGAUGUACCAGACCGGAUCGCUAAACCUUAAUAAUCAAUCACAUAGAGACCGUGUCAUUGGUUUGAUGAUGACUGCCUGUGAUCUUUGUUCUGUGACAAAGCUGUGGCCAGUAACAAAAUUGACGGCAAAUGAUAUAUACGCAGAAUUCUGGGCUGAGGGUGAUGAAAUGAAGAAGCUGGGAAUACAGCCUAUUCCCAUGAUGGACAGAGACAAGAAGGACGAAGUCCCACAAGGCCAGCUUGGAUUCUACAAUGCCGUGGCCAUUCCCUGCUACACCACUCUCACCCAGAUCCUCCCGCCCACAGAGCCUCUCCUGAAAGCCUGCAGGAAUAACCUGAGCCAGUGGGAGAAGGUGAUUCGAGGGGAGGAGAGUGCCGUGUGGAUCUCGAACCCGCCGGCGGCCCAGGGGACCUCGGAGAAGCUGCCCGUGAAGAUCGAUGACUGAUGGCCGCCCCUGAGCCCUCCCACCUGAAGAUGUUCAUCUUGCUUCUUUGACUUUUCUUCCUUUUAUUUUUGUGGGGGGAACCUACACCUGGUAACUGGGAUGCAGACCUCUUCAAGAAGGUACCAUCAAGUAAACACAUCCAGCAGACGGCUCCCUGCCAGGCUCCUCUGUACUGCGUCACAGACGGUGAUCAGCCAGGACCAGAAAUCCGCAGCCCCAGUGACUCCUUGUGAACUGGCCUUUUCUAAUGGGCUAAUAUAGCUGAGGCCUUAAUGGAAACGGACAAUUGUUCGGAAGGGGGUACUUUUCCACUGUAUCUUUCCAGUGAGGGUUAAAACGGUACUAUUAGGAUAUUGUACUUUGGCUUUAACACCAGUGUUGCUUUGAUGUUGUUGGUUAUAAAUAGGAACUUUUACGUGUUACUCUUGUGGAUGUUCAUGUGUGACCUACUUGUAAUUAGCGUGAAUCAUAGCAGACAGCCUCAGACACGUGGCAUCGAGGUUACAGAGUAAGAAGCGCCUUUCUGCAAUCAGUGAUGGAAAAUCGAUCCUUCUUCAGAGCCUCAUGAACUAGAAGUUAGGUGGACUUAAAGCGUGUUCUGUAAGCUUAUACUACAGGGCUUAGAUGAAUACAUUUAACACUAAAGGAAGCAGAUUUUCUAUCCCCUUGAGACGAGAUGCAGGUAUACAUCAUACUAAAUCUUAGAAAUCCAAGUAUCAAUUCCAAAAAUGUCAGAGAAUAUUUUUUCUUUAUUUUUUUCUUUAUUGUAGUCUUGGCAAAUUUCCUAAACCCUUUACAUAAAGAACAAAACAAAAGCAAGGCAUACAAUUUUUUUCAACGGACAAGUCUUACGGAUGUCAAAUGUGAAUUUUUAACAAUGAUUCUUUGAUGUUUUCACUCGAUGUCAUUGCAAAAUCUUAAACUCACAUUCCAAGUGAAAGGGUUGUUCUACAAAUUAUUUAAUGACAAGACCAUACAUUUCUCCUAAAAUCAAUUAAACCAUAACAUCUAAGCCUCCUGGAGUCUCCACUGCGAGCCGCACAUUCAUCUCCUGUUCAUACUCCCCUCGUGCUCGUGCGCUCUCGAC